AUGGCAACUUCUGCUAUGUGGGAGGAAGAAGACACGUGGGCUUCCUCACGCCUCAGCAGUGCGGAGCAGCAAAUAGCCGCCGUCACAGCAGCAGCCGCCACAGCAAUCGCGACGGCAGGUUCCCCUCUGCUGUCUCCCGCAGCAGUCUCUCCCAGCCACCCCGCCUUCCCCCCAAUAGGCGCUUCCUCAACAGCAGCGCAACAUGCAGCAGCAGCGCAACAUGCAGCAGCAGCGCAACAUGCAGCAGCUGCUCUGCAACAAGAAGAGGGCCUUCUGCUGGGAGACGACAGUCUUGCCGACCCUGUGGUGCGUCCUUGCACCGCUGCCACGGAAGAUCCUUCUUACGCCACAUCCAUCCGAAACUCCUCUGCUGCUAUUGCAGAAGCGGCAGCAGACUCUCUCCUCCUCGACGACUGGCGAGACGACGGACCAGACCCUAUCACAGCUGCAGAAGCAGCGGCAGCAGCAGAGACGCAUCCUUCAGACACGGAUCUCAGUGGCAGCCUGCUGGAUCGGGAAGAACCGCAGCAGCAGCAGCAAGCUCUACAAGAGAGGAUGCUUCGCAUGCAGUUGCAGAGCCAUGCUCAGCCGCAACAAAGUCAGGCCGCUGCUCCCGUUUGUACAUGCGGCGGUGAGAGGGCUUCUAUCACGCUGCAGCGGCUGUCUCGGAAUGUGGAGGAGGUUCGGCAGCAGCAGCAGCAGCAACAGCUGCUGCUGCAGCAGCUGCAGCAGCAGCAAGCAGCUUCUCACCAGCUGAUUAAGCAGCUACUUACCGCCAUCCAACACUCAGGACGUGGACACAUGGAGGCUGCUGCGACACCUGCAGCUGAAGCAGGCAGUAACGCGGAGCUGGGAAGAAGAGGCUACAGAAGAGGCCACAUUGUUUCUCCCCCCUGUUCCCCUGCUAAUGGCUGCCCGCACAGUGAUGUCUUGCAGCAGAAGCAGCAUCUGAUGCAGCAGCAGCAGAGGCUUGCAGACGAGCGGCGGCAGCAGGAGCUGCAGCACCAGUUCCUCAUGCAGCAGCAGCGGGAGCGCGAGCAGCAGCAGAGGGAACAAGAGCAGCGUCGGUUGUUAUUGCUGCAGCAGCAGCAGGAAGAAGAAAGACAGAGGCGAGAGGAGGAGCAACGCAAGAAGCGGGAGGCCCUUCAGCAAAAGCACCAGUCCCUUAUGUCAUCUUUGAUCAGAGGAGGGGGUCCAAGCACCAUUUUUGCAGAUUCUGAGCCUACCGGGGCGGCUAAAAGCAGCUUAUUCGACGACUAA